AUGCUGGAGCUCGGACAGAGAUGGACGAGGCUGAUCUGCUUGUCGCUCCUGUGUCUGUGUCUCUGCCUGCCGAGGGAAUCAAACGCCAGGAGAGCCCCAAAGAUUCCCAGAUGUCCUGCGACCUGCUCCUGCACCAAAGACAGUGCCUUCUGUGUGGAUACCAAGGCCAUCCCCAAGAGCUUCCCACCAGGAAUCAUCUCUCUGACGAUGGUCAACGCAGCCUUUACUACAAUCCCAGAGGGAGCUUUCUCGCACCUUCAUCUACUGCAGUUCCUGCUCUUGAACUCCAACACAUUCACCAUGGUUGCUGAUGAUGCCUUUGCUGGCCUGUCUCACCUGCAGUACCUGUUUAUUGAGAAUAACGACAUCCAGGCUCUCUCAAAGUACACCCUCAGAGGACUCAAGUCCCUGACUCAUCUAUCUCUCUCAAACAACAACCUGCAGCAGCUGCCAAGAGAUCUCUUCAAACAUCUGGACAUCCUCACAGAUUUAGACCUGCGCGGGAACUCUUUCCGCUGCGACUGUAAGAUCAAAUGGCUGGUUGACUGGAUGGAGAAGACCAACACUUCUGUUCCUGCUAUCUACUGUGCCAGCCCUUUUGAAUUCCAAGGACGCCGAAUCCACGACCUCACACCACGAGACUUCAACUGCAUCAGCGCCGAUUUUGCUGUUUAUGAAACCUUCCCUUUCCACUCUGUGUCAGUGGAGUCCUAUGAGUUCAAUGAGGAUCAGUUUGUGGUCUUUGCUCAGCCUGACUCAGGGUUCUGCACCUUGUUUGUAUGGGAUCACGUGGAGAUGGUCUUCAGGAUGUUUCAUAACAUUACCUCUCGCUCUGCUGUGUACUGCAAACCUGUGGUGAUAAGCAACAGUCUUUACAUGGUUGUCGCUCAACUCUUUGGUGGAUCUCAUAUCUACAAGUGGGAAGAGGACCCGCAGCGCUUUGUAAAGAUCCAAGACAUUGACACCACUCGUGUGAGGAAGCCCAACUUUGUGGAGACCUUCCAGCUGGAUGACGAGUGGUACUUUGUAGUAGCAGACAGCUCCAAGGCAGGCUCCACCAGCAUUUAUCGCUGGAACAGCAAUGGUUUCUAUACCCACCAGUCCCUUCACCCCUGGCAUCGGGACACACAUGUGGAGUUCCUUGAUGUUGGGGGAAAGCCUCACCUCAUCCUCUCCAGCGCCUCUCAGCCGCCAGUGGUUUACCAGUGGAACAGAGGCCAGAAGCAGUUUGCUUUCUUCUCCCAAAUCACAGAGCUAGCAGAUGUGCAGAUGGUUAAGCACUUUUGGGUGAGGAAAGUUCUUUACCUUUGCCUCACACGCUUCAUAGGCGACUCCAAGAUCCUCCGCUGGGAAGGGCAGCGUUUCACAGAGAUCCAGACUCUUCCCUCUCGAGGCUCAAUGGCAGUGUAUCCCUUCACAGUAGGCCUCCGCCAGUACCUAAUUCUUGGAAGUGAUUUCUCCUUCUCCAGAGUAUACCUGUGGGAUGACCUCACACAACGCUUUCAGCCCUUCCAGGAGCUCAACAUGAGAGCCCCGCGAGCCUUCAGCUUGGUAUCUGUAGACAACAAGGACAUAAUGCUGGCUGCUAGCUUCAAAGGCAACACCCUGGCCUACCAGCACCUGGUGGUGGAUCUCAGUGCCAAGUAG